AUGCAAACCCAGCUUCGGCCUGUUCGAACGGUGGAGUAUUCCACCAUGGCGUAUAAUACCCUGCCAGACGUGUCCAGCGCCUUUGCCGCAUAUGACAAGUGCAGCGGCGACGCGCUCGCCAAGCACCUCAUGAGGGACCUGUUCCGAACGCACAACGUGCAGGGCACAUUUGGCCUGGUGCUGCUGCACAGACACUGCCUCCUCAGCACCGGCGAGCGGAUGACGGCGAUGCGCGGCGCCAAGAGCCCGGCGCCGAGCCAGCUCGGCGAGCCGGCCGUCUGGAGGGUCAACAUGGCCGACGGCCGGGUGAUUCCCGUCGAGUUCGCCCUCGAGGCCGGCGAGGUGGACUGGCGUGACCUGCGCCUCCAGGUCUUUGUCAAGGAGUUCCUGGCGCUGCUGAUCGAGCACCAGGCGCACAAGCACUUUGGCCUGUGUCUGUACCCGGGCGACGGAUACCCCGGGCACAUUGAAGUCACGGAUGGUCGCAGCACCGUCGGCCUCUCACCAGACGAGGCACACACUCUUCCGCCAGGCGACCUGAGAGAGGCGGCGUGGUUCUACAGCAACGAUCAUUUGGAGCGCGGCUGCAAAAAUUACUGCUUUAAUAGGCGUCAGUGA